AUGCCUACCCCCAACUGCAGACUUGCUCCUUCUCUUGCUAGCACUGAUGUCCAGUUGCUACAAGCUUUGAAUGCGAUGAAAGAAGAGAUGAAGGCCAUGAAGGAUAAAAUCACAUUGAUGGAUACAAGAAUUGGUGUAGUGAUCACCAGUAACGCAACCGCCAUUAAUGGCAUUGAUGCCUUGUCUGCCCUCCCAGCAUCUGCGCAUGUGCCCACUAGUGUUGCAUCCACUUCUGCUGCCCUUCCCAUCACCGAAUCAAGUGAUACUAAUGCUGUAUUUGGAUACAUUCAUGGUUAUAUGUGGAACCCAAAGCUAAAAUCAAGAGACCAGGCAGAAAUCCAAGCAAAUGCCAUAAAACCAAAGUGGGCAGUUGAUGUUCGUUUUGAUCGCUCUCCAAAUAGAGAGUUAGUCAAACAACUCUUGUAUUACUUGGAAAAGAAGUUUGCUGACACUGAUAUGAGGACACGCAACCUUUCCUUGAAUACUAAUUCAAGAAGAUCUGGCCGUGAAACUGAUAACUACACUCACCAUCGCCUUGCUUAUGAUGCUUACAAGGCUGACAUUGAUCUCAAGAUGGGUUGA